CCGGCAUGCCGCGCGUUUUAGUGCGACGUCACUUUCCUGCGCCCGCUUUUUUCCCGGGACUGAGCGGCCGGAACACGUGACGUCAUGUUGGCUAACGCGGAGACCGACAUCUCCCGCUCGCUGGAGCUGCUCCACAUGACGGUUUUCAGCCAAUGCUUCUCCCCCUGUGGGAAGUACUUAGUGGCCGGAAACAACCUGGGCCAGAUUGGAGUUUUUAGUCUUUCUGCCGCUUUGAGUUCCGAGGCCAAAGAGCUGAGCAAGCAGCCAGUCGCCAUAUUCCAAGCACAUUCGGGCCCUAUUUACAGUUUGAUCUCCACCGAGCGUCACCUGAUCAGCUCCGGGGGCAAUGAGGUGAAAGGGUGGAACUGGAAUGAUAUCCAGAAGAAGGGCUGUACCCAGUUAUGGACCCGCUGUAUCCCCAGCAGAAGCAACUUGGAGUCUCCAGAAAUCAACAGCAUGAUCCUGAAUGAGAAAGAUAACUCCUUGCUCCUUGCUGGGGGGACAUGCAACAUUCAUUCUAUGGACUUGGAGAGUGGAACCUUUACGAUGGCGCUGGAAGGACACGAGGAUUAUAUUCACUGCUUGGCCCUGCGUGAGCAGCAGAGGGAGUGCGUGUCCGGCGGCGAAGAUGGAACUGUCAGGAUAUGGGAUCUUCGAAAUGGGGCUCAGACUCACAAGAUUGAAGUCUAUAAAUAUGAGGAAUGCGCUCGGCCACAGUACGGGAAAUGGAUCAGCUGCUUAACCACCGACUCGGAUUGGAUGGUAUGUGGCGGGGGCCCCAAGUUGAGUCUUUGGCACCUUCGCUCCGUGACGCCAACAACCAUUUUCCCACUGAAUGAGAGUCAGCAGCAGGUCAUGUUUUACCAGGACAUGAUCCUGUGCGCUGGGCAGGGCCCCUAUGUUAAUCACUGUCAGAUAAACGGGGACAUCAAAGCGCAGAUUCCCAGCACCCCUCGCUGUGUUUACUCUCUGAGCGUCAAUGAGGCAUCACAGGAAAAUAAGGUCCUCACAGCCGCUGGCAGUGGCCCCAAGAUUGAUGUAUUCACCAACUUCCGAUACCGAGCGUUCUCUCUAACUUUCACUUAAUUUCUAUCUGUUACUGAACACUCUUUUUUUUUUUUUAACUAAACCCAGUCUGUCCUAUACUGAGCCUUUUCAUUUUAUCCUAAUCUGUCCCUCUCUGAACAUUCUCUUUCAUCUAAUCUCAGCCUACAGUACAUGGAGUAUCCCUUGCUGAGGAUCCUUGAUCAGACUGUCCCCAACUGAACAUUCCCUUUCAUCUGAGCAUUCUCUUCAAUCUAGUCAGAGUAUCUUCACUUCACUGAACAUUGUCUUUUCUUCUAAUCUCACUGAACAUUCUAUUGCAUCUUAUCCCAGACAUUAGUACCCUGAGCAUUCUCUUCCAUCUAGUCACAGAGUAUGUUUCACUGAACAUUGUCUUUAUUCUAAUCUCAGACUGUCCCUCACUGAACAUUCUAUUUCAUCUUAUCUCAGCCAGUAGCACCCUGAGCAUUUUCUUCAAUCUAGACCAGGGGUGGCCAAGACGUCAAUCACGGUCCACUAGUCGGUCCCCCGUGGAUUCCUAGUGGACCUCAACAAAGCCGGGAGAUGCAAAAUUGCGGCGUGAACGCGUACGUAUGCUGCAUCUUGGGGGAGGAGUCACCGGUAGAUCGCCGAUGGACGAAGUCUGGCCACCCCUAAUCUAGACUGUCUCUCACUGAACAGUCACUUUUAUCCCAUACCAGACAUUAGUACUCUGAGCAUUUUCUUCCUUCUAGUCACAGAGUAUCCUUCACUGAACAUUGUCUUUCUUCUAAUCUCAGACUGUGGCUCGCUGAACAUUCACUUUCACCCAAUCACAGACUGUACUAGACUGAACAUUGCCUUUGUCUAAUUAUCUAAUCUCAGACUACCCCUCCCUCUAAACAUUCCCAUUCAUUUAAUACCCCCUAUAGUACAGUGAGCAUUCUAUUUUAUCUAUAUUCAGACUGUCCCCAACAGAACAUUCACUUUGAUCCAAUCACAGGCUGUAGUAGACUAAGCAUUGCCUUUGUAAUAUUUUAUCCCUUUUUGGAACAUUCUAGUUCGUAUAAUCCCAGGCUGUAGUACACUGAGCAUUCUCUUCCAUCUCUCACUGUACAAGUUGGUGCUGAGUCACAUGGUCCUACCCCAGACACCUACAGUUAAUUCUGUCCCCAGGUUUAGGGAUACAAAAGUUCAUUGUAUUUCUAGCACAAAACUAUCAGUCUCACCUUUCUGCUUAGCCCCAUCCCUGCGAUACCCAAGCCUCCAACUAAUCUGUUCCUUCCUCCGGCCUCUGUAAGGCCCAGCAUUGUCUCCCCUCCUACUGGCCUGUCAUUCUAUCCGUUCCCCCUCAGCACAAAGCACAGUCGUUUUAUCCCCUUCGGUACUAGUGCUCGGUAACCGUUUCUUUGUCAACGGAAAAUAUUGUUUUUGUUUUAUUUUAAUAUUUUUGUAAUAAAAACAGUUUUUUUUGCAGUA